AUGGCGAUGGGUAAAACCGAUAUAUGCUCCCCGAAGCAGGAGCCAAAGGGACAAGUGCAAGGCAAGAACAUACAGACAAAGACAAAAACUACGACAAAAGUUGAGACAACAAAAGAUUUAAUUUCAAGCACAAGCACAACUACAAAUCAACACACGCAAACAACAUCAGAAGAAGACAAAUCAUCUGACCAAAGGACGAUUGUAAUCGAAGAGUCGACAAACUUAACUGUCGUGUAUAUAUUACUGGGAUUGAUUGUUAUCAUUCUUCUCAUCCUGGCAUGUUAUUUCAUGCUAAGAAAAUAUUUUAAGCAAGCGAUUGGUCCUGAUAACAAUGUGCCAAAAAGGCAACAGAAUGAAGAAAAUGAACAUGGUGAAAACAAUGUGCCAGCAAGACAACAUAAUGAAGAAAAUGAACAUGGUGAAAACAAUGUGCCAGCAAGACAACAGAAUGGAGAAAAUGAACAUGGUGAUAAUGUGCCUGCAAGGGACAAAAACUUUUCCGAUGAAACGAUACCUAAGACAGAAGUUAGCAAUACGGAUAUAUUUGACAUAAGACCCAGACCAGAAAAUCAUCAGAAUCGUACGUCGGAUCAUAAAAACACAAGAAGUUUGCAGCAGACCUUAACUGAUGAAACAAUUCCUAAGACAGUAGUUAGCAAUACGGAUAUAUCUGACAUAAGACCCAGACCAGAAAAUCACCAGAAUCGUACGUCGGAUCAUAGAAACUUAAGAAGUUUCCAACAUACCUUAACUGAUGAAACAAUUCCUAAGACAGUAGUUAGCAAUAACGAUAUAUCCGACAUAAGACCCAGACCAGAAAAUCACCAGAAUCGUACGUCGGAUCAUAGAAACUUAAGAAGUUUCCAACAGAUCUUAACUGAUGAAACAAUUCCUAAGACAGUAGUUAGCAAUAACGAUAUAUCCGACAUAAGACCUAGACCAGAAAAUCACCAGAAUCGUACGUCGGAUCAUAGAAACUUAAGAAGUUUCCAACAGACCUUAACUGAUGAAACAAUUCCUAAGACAGUAGUUAGCAAUAACGAUAUAUCCGACAUAAGACCCAGACCAGAAAAUCACCAGAAUCGUACGUCGGAUCAUAGAAACUUAAGAAGUUUCCAACAGACCUUAACUGAUGAAACAAUUCCUAAGACAGUAGUUAGCAAUAACGAUAUAUCCGACAUAAGACCUAGACCAGAAAAUCACCAGAAUCGUACGUCGUAUCAUAGAAACUUAAGAAGUUUCCAACAGAUCUUAACUGAUGAAACAAUUCCUAAGACAGUAGUUAGCAAUAACGAUAUAUCCGACAUAAGACCUAGACCAGAAAAUCACCAGAAUCGUACGUCGGAUCAUAGAAACUUAAGAAGUUUUCAACAGACCUUAACUGAUGAAACGAUUCCUAAGACAUAUGCUACAAGUAGCGAGAGAGAUCAGUCUCAUGACCAGAUGCGGAACAGUGGAAUAAGAUCAAGGGCAUCUGACAGUAGUAGUGGAAUUUUUAGCGACAAUAAUUCUAACUCUUCUAAAAACCAUGAGUCCAGCGCCAGACAGACGCCAGAAGGAAUAGAGGAACAAGAGUGCAAUCAAUGUGAAAGUGAUUUGCCACCGACUGAUGAAACCGUUCCUAAGACAUCACAAUGCAGUGAUGAGAGACGUCAGGCUUGGCCAGGUAAAGAACAUGUUAGUGAUUUUAGUAGUGGAUGUGAUUUUUGUGAAUUUUCCGAAAAUGAUGAAGAUGCUGAGAUGAAAGCCAAUAAAGAAGACACAGAUAAGAAGAAGAAUUCGCGAACUGCAACCUCAAGGAAAAAACGAGCGAUCAGUUCAAAAAUGGCCAAACAAGACAGAAAUCGUUCUCCGCCUACAAGAACACGAACGGAGGUCGAUAGUCGUACUGAUAACGAAGUUGCAAGAUCAAAAGAAAGAAAAAAGC